AUUUUUCUCCAUCAAUUCAACCUUUUAAGGUAUAACGUGCAACCAUACAGUUUACCAUCCUGUCUUGGUUGAUGGUGAAUUAUUUCAACUACAUAAUUAAUUGUUGGUUGAUCUAAUGAGAUCAUUGUUUUUCUUUGCUCUAGAUUUUUGAUGGUUGGGAGAUUUGUAUAAUGUAAAUUACUUAAACCAAAAUUUCAUAUUGAAUUGCCAUCAUGUGUUUCUAUCUUCAAGUGAAAUGACAACUCUGAGGCAAGACUUGCUCUUGAAUUUUAUUUUAUUAAGUAUUUUGAUUUUACCUUGUUUUACCUUAAAUAUCCCAUCAACGUGUGCAAAGUGAUAUUUUUAUUAACAAAUCGUGUACAUCGACCAUUGAAUUGUUUAUCAUCUUCCAGUUUGACAUUUAUCACCAACAACUGGUGUAGCAUCAAUGUUUAUAUCGAGCAGACUUAGAGUCCAUAAAUUGCUCCACAGUCAGCUGUUUGAAUUUUAAAGUCUUCUAUGGUCUAUUUUGAUUAUUAGUUUGUAUCACAUCCUUGUAAAUCUGAUAGUAUGGAAUCAACAAGCAAACUAUUAUUGAAUGAGGCAGCAUUCAAUGAGCUUUCUGGUAUCAAGAAGGAAUUGUACAUUCUUGAAUGGUUAAGAAAUUUGGAUAAAGGCCUUAACAGCUCUCCAAAGACCGAAAUCAAAGAGUACCAGAAACAGUUGGUGGAACAGCUUCUUAAACAAAUUACCAAUAAUCCAGGAGCACCGGCAAGAAGAUUAAUUGGCCGAUGUUUAGCUACUCUAUUCAAUGUUGGUGAUACUUUUUUACUUUUUGAAGCCGUUAAUAAAUGUAAUGAUAUACUUAAAACCAAAGAUGAUUCCCCUAGUUAUCUACCUACCAGACUGGCAGCGACGAUUUGUAUUGGAUCUAUGUACGAAAAAUUAGGUCGAUUGAUGGGUCGUUCUUACGAAGAAACUGUGAUUCUUUUACUCAAAUCUUUAAAAAAUGCUGAGUCUCAAUCCAGGUGUGAAAUUUAUUUAACAUUGGAAAAAAUUGUGUCCGGUAUGGGAGCUGCUGCCGGUUCUCUUCAUCGUGAUAUUUUUAAAGCCAUUCGACACGGAAUCACUGACAGAGUUAUGGCAGUUAGGUGUAAUGCAGCUCACUGUCUUAAAGAGAUGCUUAAUCAUGCUCCUUUUUUGUAUACCACCGAAUUGGAAAGUGUUUUCUCAUUAAGUUUUAGAGCCUUAGAAGAAUCUAAUUACGAGGUACGGUGUGCCAUUGCCGAAGUUCUUGGUUACUUAGUGGCUAUUACUCAAAAACCAAAUCAACCGACUGCUGUUGGCAAGAAUAAACUUGCCACUUUAGAUGAAGUACUCAACCUCUUAGCAUUAGGAUUUUUAAAAGGAGGAAUCGGUUUCCUUAAAGGUGGGCCAAAAGAUAUGAUCAAAGGAGGAUCCGUGGUCAGUAAAGAGACCCGAGUAGGAGUUACACAUGCAUAUGUCGUGGUAGUCAAUCGUUUGGGUAAUCAUUGGCUUGAAAAAAAUAUGAAUAAAUAUCUCUCUCAUCUAUUGGAGCUUUUGGCUAAUCCAAAAUGUUCCUCAACUCAUGUUGAUGCUGUUUACGCCAGACGCUGUAUAGGUUUUGUCUUACGAUCAAUUUUAGGUAAAAAUUUAGGUGAAAAAUCUCAAGCACAAGCGGUUAAAGUUCUGGUGGCCAUUAUAAAUAAACAUAUCAAUCCAGGUCUUUCCACACCAGCCAGCAAUCAAGCUGAAUUGAUACCAGGAGGGGGUAAUAAUAGCACAAAUACCAAGGAAAAUUAUUCUAUUCAAGAUAUUCAUCAAAUUCAACAUGUUCUUGCAUGUGCGCUUCUCGAAAUUGGCUGCAUUCUCCAAGACUUGGGCACAUCCUCUUCAUCACUUUUAACUGAUUCCUCUGUCUCUGUGAUAGAUACCAUUGUAUCGCUCCUCACCAAUUCAUCUCCGACAGUUCGUCUUGCAGCUGCUUGGGCUAUAAGAUGUGUUGCGAUUUCUCUUCCAUCUCAAUUAACACCUCUCAUUGAGAGGUGUCUUGAAAGAUUAGAAACAGUCAAAGUUUCUCCUGAAAUAAUAUACGGCUAUUCGUUCGCACUUUCUGCUCUCUUAGGCUCUUCGUGUCAAACUCCAUUGAGUAUACCUCAUAACAAAGGUAAACUCAUUUUCAACAUAGCUGAAGAUCUGCUUCGUACAGCAUCUCAAAAUGGUCGACUAUCUCUGCAACGAACCCAAUCAGGUUGGCAACUAAUUGGUGGUGUAAUGGCUCUUGGUCCAAGUGUGGUUCGAGGUCUUUUGCCUAGGAUGCUAUUACUUUGGAAAAAUUCAUUUCCACGAUCAUCCAAAGGUCUCGAUUCGGAAAAGGCUCGUGGUGAUGCAUUUACUUGGCAAAUAACAUUAGAAAAUCGAGCUGGUGCUUUAGCAGCUAUGUCAAGUUUUCUUACCUAUUGUGAAAAGUUAGUCGAUGAAGACAUCAUUCGUCGUCUUUUACCUCCAAUUGAAUUUGCACUGACAAUGUUAACAACUUUGAGUAACAUUUUUCGUAAUUAUGGACCAGCAGUUAAGGCUAGUGCUGCUCUUGUUCGUCUUCGUUUGUAUGAUACACUUCUUCUUCUUCCAGCUAAUUCUUAUGAAUCAAGUUAUUCAAAUUUAUUGCGAAUUAUUGUUGCCGAUUUUACUCUUGGAGAUAAUGCGAUUAAUACUACAACAACUCUACUCCGAACACUUUGCCACCCUAAUGAUGAAAUAAUCAUUGGAUCAUGGAUUCAAGAAACAGAUCAUCGAUCUAUAGAAGAUCAGAUGGAACCUAACCGUAAAUCAGAAAAAAAUUUUCUUCAAAUCGCAAGCACAGCAGGAUCUGGAGCGAUUGAACAUGAUGCCACUGCUCUCUAUCAUGAACAAGACAAAGACAAUUUUAUCCCUAGUCCACUACCUCUUGGGUCAGCUUUGGUUAACAAAUCGUGUUUAAUUUUCGGCUAUAUUUUUCGUUUUGUAGACAAACAUCGUUUACAAAUUUUAAACCAUUUCCAAGAAUGUAUAAAACAUGAGAGAGGAGUUCGCCAAGAAGCAAUUCAGAUUAAUGUUUUGGCAGCUGUUUUAGGUUCUUUAAAGAACUCUGCUGAAAAUAAAAGUAACAUUGGUUGUGAAGAAGUGAAAAAGAUAAUUACCGGUGUCAUCAUGAAUUUACUGUCUCAUCAUAAUCCUGUCAUAAGAUGCGCUGCUGCUCAGGGUCUUGGAAGACUUUGUUAUGUUGUUGGUGAUGCCAAAUUUGUAGCAGAAGUUGCUCAGAUAUGUUUCGAUAAACUGAAAACUGCACGUGAUGCGCUAUCAAGAACAGGCCAUUCUCUUGCUCUUGGUUGUUUACAUCGUUACAUGGGAAGUCUUGGGUCCAAUCAACAUCUAAAUACUAGCAUAAGCAUCUUGUUAGCUCUUUCGCAAGAUUCAACUUCACCAAUUGUCCAAGUUUGGUCUCUUCAUGCCUUAGCAUUAAUUGCUGAUUCUGGAGGUCCAAUGUUCAGAACAUAUGUUGAACCAACUUUAUCUCAUUCCAUGAAGUUGCUAGUUCAAGUUCCUUAUUAUCAUUGUGAUGUUCACCAAUGUAUUGGUAAACUUCUUUCUGCUGUCAUAACUACAGUUGGACCUGAACUUCAAAGUGAUUCUCCCGCUCUUACUGUUACUCGAUCAUCUUUAUUGAUUUCAUGUGGAGUUAUGCAGGAUCAUUGUGAUCCUUUAACUCAAUCUCAAGCAAUUGGUUGUUUACAGCAACUUCAUAUGUUUGCCCCUAAACAUGUUAAUCUUGCAUCUCUAGUUCCAAUGUUAUGUUCAGUUCUCAAUAGUCCACAUUUAUUUUUACGCCGAUCAUCAAUUGCAUGUCUUCAUCAACUUAUUCAACGAGAAGCUAAACAAGUUUGUAAUCAUGUUGCCGUCUGGCUGAAGGAGAUGAAAAAUUCCGACACUAAACAAUUUAGCAAUGGAAUCAAUUAUCUUCACAGUGAUCAUGGAUUACCGGGAAUACUCUUUUAUUUUAUGGAUCAUGAAAUCGACAGCAAGAUUUUAUCAGAUAUUCAAAAAAUUAUCACCAGUUUAGUUCAAUCCAUUGCUACAGAAAAUCUUCAAUCUUGGAUAGCUCUCUGCAAGGAAGUUUUAUGUGCAGCAGAUCCAAGUUCAAGCCUGUCAACUCCUGAGAAAGAUUUUGAAGGCGAUGGGGAUUGUGAUGAUGAUGAAUCCAAAUUCAAGGCACGAGAUGAUACCCCCAAUCAAGCCACGGCUCCUCCUAAAUGGCGAACUCGUGUUUUUGCCACACAAACGCUCUGUAGAAUCAUUCAAACCUGUGAAAAUAGCAAAGAAGCGAAAGCGCAUUUUGAUUUGAUUACAGUUCGUGAAAAGAAGUCAACUGGUCAUGAGAAAGAAGCUUUCCUUGUUCAUCAUCUUUCAGAUCUCAUCCGAAUGUCUUUCAUGGCUGCAACCUCAGACAGUGAUCAACUUCGUUUGGAAGGAUUACAAGCCCUUCAACUAGUUAUUGAUAAGUUUGCCAAAGUUCCCGAACCUGUCCCUCAACAUGUUAUUUUGGAACAAUAUCAAGCCCAAGUUGGAGCAGCUUUACGUCCUGCUUUCUCACCUGAUACACCAUCUCAUGUAACUGCCAUGGCUUGUCAAGUUUGUAGUGCAUGGAUUGGAAGUAAGGUUGCUCGAGAUCUCAAUGAUUUGCGUCGUGUACAUCAAUUAUUGGUUUCAUCUUUAGCCAAGUUACAAAAAGAUUCGUCGUCCAAUCUAUAUAAUGAAAGUGCAUCUACUCUAGAAAAACUUGCCAUUCUUAAAGCUUGGGCUGAAGUUUAUAUUGUCGCAAUGGAAGAAGAAGAGCAGAGAAAACAAGCAAAAGAAAAAGAUGAAGAAAAUGAUUUCAAGGAAUUAGAAGGUGUCAAUGAAAGUUUGCUUCAUCUAGUUAAACCAGAGCUUUUAUCACUUAGCAAAUAUUGGCUGAUGGCUUUAAAAGAUCAUGCAUUGUUAACUCUUCCGUCCGAUUUUUCGGGGCAACUUCCUCAUGAUGGUGGUGCUUUUUAUACUCCAGAUACAAUUGAAGUAGCUCGACCAAUUUACCGUCAAUCAUGGCCACCGAUUCUUCAUGCUGCUGCCCUAUGGCUUUGUUCAGAGGGAUUUACCCAAUCGGGCGAAAAUAAUUUCAUCGAAGAUAAAAUCAAAAAUGAAUCGAUUCCAGAAGAAACUAGAAAACCUUUAGACAAGGCCAAUGAUGAUGAAACUUAUUUUCCGCUUCUUUUUGGCAUUUGUAUGGAAGCUUUAUGUAAUCCAAAAUCAACUGAACCUUUAUCUUACAUAAUUAUCUGUCUUCGUUCAAUGGAAACACUGCUAACACAUCCUUAUCCACAAUCAAUGAUUGGAUCUGACACUAAACUUGCAAUCGAAUUGUGUAAUGUUCUUCAUCGUCUCCUCUUAACUCGAGAUAAUCCUAUUUGCCAGAGUCUAAUUCUUAAGAUCGCCCUUCUUAUAAUGGAAUCCCGCCGCAGUCACUUGGAGACAGAGAAAAAGAAGAAACUCCGUGAAUUGGUACCAGCCAAUCAAGGACCAGAUGAUGUUGAUCUAUUUUCAGCUGGUUUUGGUGAAGGUGGAGAAAAUGGUGUAAUUAAUACAUGGGAAUCAAUUGUAUAUGCUCUAUUAGAGAUUUGUCUGUGUGUUCUUGUUCGUCAACUUCCUGAAUUAUGUCCAAACCUUGCCAAUAAUCCAGGUCUUGUCACUGUCUUACAAAAUCGUAAACCACCAUCCGAAGAAGGUCUCAAUAUUAUUGGUAGUGCAUUGAAAAUAUUAUCAGCUUUACCAGACCUUUGCUCACCAAAAGGAAGUAUUGUUGUCCUACCCACUGUUCUUUACCUUGUUACUGGAGUUUUACGAGAUGUUACAACUAAAAUGUGGACCUUUUCCGUCGAGGAGGAACCAAUCAUUUCUAUCAUGGAAUCAUUUAGAAAGUUGGGAAGUUCGCCUUUAGCUCGUAAUAAAUUAUGUUCAACGGAGUGGAUUGAGUUACUUCAGAGUAGCUUAGCUUUUGUUCUGGAUUUAUGCAAGACAAGUAGCGUUGAGCCUCGUUUGGAUGAUGGAUUAGCUGUUACAAUUAUUGGUAUUUUUAUUACAUCAACACCGCCAAAAGUUUUGAAUGCUCCAAAUUUACAAUAUCCUUGUAUCAAUUUGUUGAAACAAACUCUUCAAAGUACAAGAGAAGCUGUUGUCGUGAAAUGUCUGGGCACAAUUAAGUUAAUUCUGGAAGUCAAAGAUGAUAAUCUUAAAAUGCCUUACAUCCAUGCUUUAGCACCAAGAAUGAUUGAAUUAAUUCGCCGAUGGGUUACCGAAAUUUCUGACGGCACUUCAUUGACUAAAGUUAAAUUCAAAGUAAUUACAGUUGGACUGGAAAAUUUUGAAUUACUUGUCAGUCUAGCUGAAACCAAGAAAAGAAUCAACAUUCUCGCCCUUUUCUUACCUGUGCUAAUAAACUUGUUGCUGGAAAAUAACCCACAAAGUAGACGAAGUUCUCUGAGAUAUUCACUUCAUGAAUAUGCUCUUAAGCGAUUGAUUGCCAUUGGACCAAACUAUCCUGAGGAGUUCAAAAAAAUUAUUGGCAGUGAUCCUAAAUUUAAAAGUAAACUUGAAAAUGCGAUUAGAAAUCAAGAUAAAGGAGUUCCUGGGGAAGGGACAGAAGACGCUUUACGGAAUCACAAUAGAUCUAACAAUCAAAUAAUAGAAUUGAAAACAAACUUUAGCCAUUUUACUUGAGCUUUUUUUAUUAGAGAUUAUUGUAAAUCAAAAUCACGAUAAGAAACCUUUCCCUCGUUUUAAAUGAUGAAUAUUUGUUUAUAUUUGUAAAGUAUACAAACUCAGCCUGAUCUGAGUUUGCUGGACUCUCUUUUGAGUUUAUGUGUCUAUUCAAUGUGAAUAUGAAUAAUUUUUUUAAAUUCAUUUACUCAUUGGAUCAGAAAUUCAUCAGAAUUACGAAAUUUUUCUUUAUAUACUCUCAAUUUAUUUGAUUAAAUAUUGUUAAAUGUUAAAUACAUUGGUGGACCUUUGUAAAUGGUAAAAAUGUUCAAUAGAUUUAUUUUGAUCCGAUCAUUCCGAUUGAGUAACAAUAAAAUCAAAUUUGUAAGCGCCAA